AUGGGAGUUAGCGUUUCUUUCGGCAAGGUCCAGGAUAGGGAAAUAGCUGUAAAACUCAUGAAAAGCUCACCAGCGGCAAUUGCCAAGGAAGCUGGAGAUCAAAGGGCGCAUCCGGAAGCUGAUCCAGCGGCCGCUGUUGCCUGCCCAGUUAUCAAGCCACCAACGCCUGGUGAGGCAAUCCAGUGCAAAGAACCGGAUGAGGCACAUCCCGAACUUAAGCAGAAUUUCAUUUCCAAAAAUUUGAAAUCAUUGGGAUUCACGAAGAAGCAGGAGCUGGAUGUUCUGGAGCGCGGCGGGAGCAGCGCAGAUCAUAAGCGAUCUUUUCGUCGUACCAAUCGGGAAGAUCACUCGGAUUCUGCCGCUCUACUCGAUCUGCCAAGAACGUCGUCCUCGCGUGGAAAAAAGAAGGCGCGUUACGGUGCACUUUUUGAACCAAUACUCACCAAAGAAGAAGAAGAGCGUAUAUUCGCUGAAUACCACUAUACAGGAGCAACAACAAAUAUUCAUCCUUUGUUGUCUUCACUGAUCAAUUACACCCAUCCAGUGAAGUUCAGUGGAUUCGAUGUUGCGGAAGGUAACAAUCUACAUUUCCAUAUGUCCUCCUUCUCCGAGUCGACUGGUCUUGGCUAUUUGAAGCAAUGUGCCCCAGAGUUUGUGAAUUAUAACAAGCGCCAACUGAGCAGGAUAUAUCCGAAAGGAGCGAGGGUGGAUUCGAGUAACUUUCUGCCUCAGAUCUUUUGGAAUGCCGGCUGUCAAAUGGUUGCCUUGAAUUUCCAAACUCCGGAUGUGUACAUGCAGCUGAAUAUGGGCAAGUUCGAAUACAACUGUGGAUCUGGGUAUUUGCUGAAGCCCGAUUUCAUGCGACGGCCAGACAGGACAUUCGAUCCGUUUUCCGAAUCGCCUGUAGAUGGUGUGAUUGCUGCGCACUGCAGUGUUCGGGUGAUUUCGGGGCAGUUCUUGACGGACAGAAAGGUUGGCACGUAUGUGGAAGUCGAAAUGUAUGGUUUGCCCACGGAUACGAUCAGGAAGGAACAUAAGACCAAAGUUAUCCCAGCGAACGGACUGAAUCCCGUUUACAGCGAGGCCCCAUUCGUGUUCAGAAAGGUUGUGUUGCCAGAGCUAGCAGUUUUACGAUUUGCUGUUUACGACGAGAAUGGGAAACAACUGGGACAGCGGAUUCUGCCGCUUGAUGGCCUUCAAGCUGGAUAUCGACAUAUUUCCCUGCGAUCCGACACAAAUCAGACUAUGGUUCUCGCACCAACUUUGUUCGUUCACAUUGUCAUAAAGACCUACGUUCCUGACGAGCUGAGCGGCCUGGUGGACGCUUUGGCAGAUCCAAGAGCUUACCUUUCUGAGCAGAAGAAACGGCAAGAGGCACUGGCUCACAUGGGCGUUGACGACAGUGAUAUUGUUGAGGUCCCCGCUGGAAAAACUGCUGCUACCAAAGGUAAAGUUCUUCAGAAGACAAAUGGGUCGGCCGCAAAUUUGCUAAGCGAGAAAGAAAAUCCGCCAACUUCCGCUCGCUCGGAUGGUUGCGUAGCCACAUCCGGUACAUCCAAGGUCAACAACGAAGCGGCUCCGGCACCAGUAGACAAAUUCAAGGUCGAGCCAAUUGAUGUGGACGAAUUGAAGAAGGACAAAGUUUUUGCGAAACUGUUGAAGAAAUUCCAAAAGGAUAGUGAGGAAUUGAAGAAGAAACAUCAAAAGCAACGUGAUAGCAUACAAAAACAACAGCAAACAAAUGUAGACAAGCUGAUGACGAACAAUCGGCGUUCAACAAGGAAGGAAAAAGGUGGACGGCGGCAAACGAGUGACUGCAGCGAUGGUGCAGGGGCCAGUGACAUGGCGAACAACGAUCGAGUUCGGUCACUUGUCAAUGUCCAGACUGAUGAAUGGUCAGCGAUGAUGAGGCGGCAUGAAGCAGAGGAGUUUGAGCUGAGGAAGUCACAGUUAAAAGAACAGACUGAAACACUCAGGAAACUUCUGUUGGAAGCACAGAAGGCACAAAUGCAAGGUCUCAAACUGCGACUGGAAAGCGAAACAAAGGAGCUCAAGCAAACGCAGACCAAGAAGAGCAUGGAAGAUGCAAAAAUUCUCAAUCUCGACAAAGGAAUCAAAACGAAGGCGGAGAGGGAACGAAGGUUAAAAGAGCUGCAUGAGAAGAACUUGAAGAUGUUUGUUGAGGAGCGGAAGCGAUUAGCGAAGAAGGCGGAGAAACACGAGGAGCAGCUUGCGAAACGCCAUCAAGACCAACUCGAGCAACUUGAUAAAGAAGCUGCUCGGGCGUUGGAACAGGAAGAAGCUAAUUUCAGGGAAGAUCAGUUGUCUUCUAAACCGGCGUCUUUGGUCUAG